AUGGUGGUGGAGAUGGAAGUGGCAACACAAUCUGGUUCAGCUGUGGUUCAGACCAUGAUGUUCUUCAAUUCCUCCUCUCCUGUUCCCAGUGAGAGUUUGGUCCUCAGUGUAAUCCAGACUCUUCUGAGUGCUCGACUCACAAACCUCACUGACUCUGUAAAAGUGCUGAACUUCACCUAUGAGAAAAUUUCAGACACCUGCUAUGCGGUAAAAUUCACAUUCAAUAUCAGUAACAUCAGCAUGCCACAGAACCCUGAUGUCAGGAAUGAUACCUACAACCAAGUGGAGAGCAUCAUCAACAUUGUUUUAAACACAUUUCUAAAUGAACCUGCUGCCAAACCUUUCGAACCCCAGAGCUCUUUCUUCACGAGUUCAGGAAACCAGUUUAAUGGUGACAUGACAUACCAGUUCCAAGAUGGGGACACUAAAACACCAGCAUCUUUCCUGAAUGAGCUUAAAGAACAAAGCACACCUAUAAUUUAAUCAGCAGUCUGACUGUAAAAAAUAAUCACCAUAAUGUUUUAUUUCAUCAGAUCUGGUUCAGCUGUGGUUCAGACCACGAUGGUCUUCAAUUCCUCCUCUCCUGUACCCAGUGAGAGUUUGGUCCUCAGUGUAAUCCAGACUCUUUUGAGUGCUCGACUCACAAACCUCACUGACUCUGUAAAAGUGCUGAAUUUCACCUAUGAGAAAAUUUCAGACACCUGCUAUGUGGUAAAAUUCACAUUUCAGAUCAGUAACAUCAGCAUGCCACAGAACUCUGAUGUCAGGAAUGAUACCUACAACCAAGUGAAGAGCAUCAUCAACAAUGUUGUAGGAAACAAACCACUUCAAGGCCACAUCAUUAAUACCAACAUCAUCUCUAAGACAUCUGGUUCAGCUGUGGUUCAGACCACAAUGUUCUUCAAUUCCUCCUCUCCUGUUCCCAGUGAGAGUUUGGUCCUCAGUGUAAUCCAGACUCUUCUGAGUGCUCAACUCGCGAACCUCACUGACUCUGUAAAAGUGCUGAACUUCACCUUUGAGAAAACUUCAGACACCUGCUAUGGGGUAAAAUUCACAUUCCAGAUCAGUAACAUCAGCAUGUCACAGAACCCUGAAUUAUGGAAUGAUACCUACAAUCCAGUGGAGAGCAUCAUCAACAAUGCUUUAAACACACUUCUAAAUGAACCUGCUGCCAAACCGUUCGAACCCCAGAGCUCUUUCUUCACGAGUUCAGGAAACCAGGUUAAUGGUGACAUGACAUACCACUUCCAAGAUGGAGACACUAUAACACCAGCAUCUUUCCUGAAUGAGCUUAAAGCACAAAGCACACCUAUAAUUUAAUCAGCAGUCUGACUGUAAAAAAUAAUCACCAUAAUGCUUUAUUUCAUCAGAUCUGGUUCAGCUGUGGUUCAGACCACGAUGGUCUUCAAUUCCUCCUCUCCUGUUCCCAGUGAGAGUUUGGUCCUCAGUGUAAUCCAGAGUCUUCUGAGUGCUCAACUCGCGAACCUCACUGACUCUGUAAAAGUGCUGAACCUCACCUUUGAGAAAAUUUCAGACACCUGCUAUGCGGUAAAAUUCACAUUCAAUAUCAGUAACAUCAGCAUGUCACAGAACCCUGAUGUCAGGAAUGAUACCUACAACCAAGUGGAGAGCAUCAUCAACACUGUUGUGAGUGUACAUCCCUAUGUGCUUAAUGACAUUCUACAGAGAUUGGGGAAUGUUCUGAUAUAUAUUAGUCUAGUUUUUAAGAAUUUGACCAAAGUACCUAGUGAGGCUGAUGUUCUCAAUGCUGCUAAUGCUCUGCUGGAUGCAAAGAUCAGAAGAGCACGAGAUCUUGUAACACAAAAACUGAGUGAUCCUGUGAGCAUACAGGACGUCACUUAUCAGAAAAUUGACAACAACUCAUACAUUAUAAGCUUUGGAUUCCAAAUCAGCAAUGUGACAAUCUCCAAGGACACUCAGCUGAGGAAUGGAACAUAUUCUUUAAUCCAAAACACCAUCAACAGCUUGUUGAACAAUAUUCUGAAUAUCAAAAAUGCUCCUGUAUUUGUCUUCCCACAAGCAAACUACACAUUUAAUGGUACAGAAAUUGUGGCUAAUUCAGAAUAUGUAUUUGUGGAAGGUGACACCAUGUGGACACCGAGUGGAUUUCUAUAUGCAGUACUCAACAUUAGCGGUCUGUCGACCCUCACUACUCCUGCUGCUCAAACAGACCCCACUGUACACGUAGUCCUGAGGCCCACAGUCCAAGCACAGAACACCACCACUGGUGGAAAUUCUGCAUGGAUCCUGGACAUCAUUAUCCCCUGCAGUAUAGUCAUUAUUCUCAUACCCUGCUGGAUUCUACUCUGUUGUCUGCUCUGUGGCUGCUGUGCUGGUUUAAGGAGGCGCUACAGCAGAAGACGGUCCUACAACGUCCAAUAUGCAACAAGAAAUGGACUCUUUUAA